AAGAACGAUGUCGGACGUGCCUUACUACACAUUUUCUGCGGCUUUAAAUGCAGUCGCGAAGGAUCUUCUGUAUGAUGAAAAAGUAAAUUCAGUUCCAAGUGAAGUAGAGUUUCUCAAAAGACAAAUAGGAAAGGCACUUCAAGUGGUUUCGUCGCGCCAAAAAAUAAUGGGAAGUACUUCCGAGUUCGUAAGAAAGAUCGGCAAUGUAACCUACGAGAUGCAUAUACACGUGGACUUCCCGUUCGAGCUAACACCGAUCCGGGAUAAUGAUCGCCCGGGAUUUGUUAUGCUUAAAGCUGACGAACAGAUAGAACAUUCUGCUAUUGUUAAUGGGUUCCUUGACCGAACAGCCCUCGACAAAUGGAUUAUUACGAUCCUAAAAGAAAAUGUAUUACGAGAUAAUAUUUUAAUACAAUUAGGAAUUAGGAAUCCCGAAGUUCGUUGUAGUUACCAAGAAUAUACAUUAGUUGUGUUGCCCGUGCUGGAAUAUGACUACAUCAAAUGGCCCUUGCCGGUUCCGCCGGCAUUGCCUGAAUCGGUUUUAAAGGCUUUUCCCUGGUAUGCAGUACCCAAAGUGACAUCACCUGGCGAAGUACGAAGUUUCCUGGCGUGGACGCCUGAUUGGAAUCGCUGCACCAUGGAGUUUAGCCCGCAUUAUCAGAAGGUUGAGAUCUUUAUAAUGAAAUACUUCUCUGCUAGAAAUGUAACGUGGAUGUGGCCCAACAUAAAAGACAUGAUCCAAGCUGCCACAUUAAAGGCCAUUCCCAAACAAAAAGUUCAAUGUGACUUUGCCGAUUUUUUAUUCACAGUAUUGGAGACCCUGGAUAUACCGCGCCAAUCCCAGAGAUUCGAAAGUCGGGAAAGGCGGCACCUGCGGCGAUUGAACAAAGGAAAAACCGGUUGCCACGGGGAUUGGACAAUCAGCACAGGUGCCGAUUGA